GGCAUCAUCUGGGCAGCUGCGGGAGCACCGAGGGCGGGGCAGGAUGCUGGGGUGAGGCGGGUGGAGCCGGGGCCGCUUCCUGUCCCCUGGGGCCCGUCGGCCCAGUCCUGCUCCUGCUUCAGGAGGAGUUGGAGCUGGCCUGGCCCCAACCUUGUGCCCUCCCUGAGUGAGCUGCUCGCCCACCGUCAGUGCCCGCUCCUGCCCGUGCCCGCUGCCAUGAGGGUGACCCUGUUUCUCCUCCUCCUUGGGGGCUUCUGGACUCAAGAGGUGAUUCCAGAGCCUCAGAACAUCACAGCCACUUCAAAGGAGCCUGUACUGGGAGGGUCCUCUGUUUCUCCGGCCUCAACUUUCUUUGAGGCCAAGAACCUCGACUUAGCGACCCCCAGCCCUGUGACAACAAAGGUCCCCGAGGAGGGCAACAGCACCGGGCGCCAGGUCUCCUCACCUUCCUCAGACCUCCGCACAACCAAGGAGGGGUCCUUUCCUGAGGCUUCCACUGCUGCUACCAGUGACCUCCACGUACCCGACCCAACAACCUUUUGGAAAGUUUCCACCCAGGAGUCAACAAGCCUGGAAAUUAAUGCGACCGGUAACCCUGCUGAAACACCAAGAAACUCUCUGGCACUCCACGUUGUGACUGAUGGAACAGUGACACCUGGCUCUCUGGAGACCUCUGACGGAGCCGGCGGACCCCCUGUCACCAUGGCAACUGGCACUCUGGAGACCUUUGAUGUAACUGGUGGACCCCCUGUCACCAUGGCAACCGGCUCUCUGGAGACCUUUGAUGUAACUGGUGGACCCCCUGUCACCAUGGCAACCGGCUCUCUGGAGACCUUUGAUGUAACUGGUGGACCCCCUGUCACCAUGGCAACCGGCUCUCUGGAGACCUUUGAUGUAACUGGUGGACCCCCUGUCACCAUAGCAACUGGCACUUUGGAGACCUUUGAUGUAACCAAUGGACCCCCUGUCACCAUGGCAACCGGCUCUCCGCGGAUCCCCAAGGAGACCCACAGCUCCCCCAUUUCCACGGUAGAAAUACUCGCUGCCACUACGUCAGCGUCCCUCAAAGACACAAGAAGCACCCAGCUUCCAGGUCAGGGGACAAAGGGCACCCUGCUGGUGGCCGUGCUUGUGGCCCUGCUGGUGGUCCUUGUCCUCAUGGCCCUGCUCCUCCUGUGGCGCCAGCGGCAGAAGAGGAGGACAGGCGCCUUGACGCUAAGUGGGGGUGGCAAGCGCAAUGGGGUGGUGGAUGCCUGGGCUGGGCCGGCCCCGGCGCCCGACGAGGAGGCCCUGAUGGUGGGCCCCACAGGAGGCUCUGGGGGCGAGAAGAGCCCUGGGGCAUCUGUGGGGGCCGGCGGGGGCCGGCAGCCCACCCUCACCACCUUCUUCGACAGGCGCAAGUCUCAGCAGGGCUGCCUGGAGCUGGGGGAGCUGAAGGCCGGCUCGGGCCCGCGCCUGCAGGGGGAGGAGGAGCCGCUGGUGGGCCGCAAGGAUGAUGAGGCUGCGGAGGGCCCGGGGGCCGGGGGGGCCGCGGCCCCUCAGGGCUUGUGAGGACCGAGAGCGGAGGCCAGUUCCCACCUGCCACCUUCUUCCCGUCGCCUUGUCGCCAGCGUGUUCAUCUGAACCCCUCCAGCUUCCGAACCGCGGGGGCCUUCCCGCCAGCACCCACCUCGGUGCCCAGGGCCCUAGACCCACGGGACGCUUCCAGACUGAAUCCGUCACCCUUCCUCAUCCGCUCUGACCUCCCCACCGCCCUCCCCGUGUUUAGUCCUGCUGAGUCUCCACGGUAAUGACCUUCUGAGAUGGUGAUUUCUCGGAGGACUCCCCAGGGCCCCCAGAGUGUAGGAAGGGGUGGGAGCAAACUGAAAAGUACUUUGCGGCCCCAUAGAUUAGGACAGUCCUGCUGGGUCAGGCCAGGACCCUCCUUUAACGGCGUGCGGUGCUCUGUGGGGGGCCCCCUGGAGUCACCCAGCUGUGCCCCCAGGUGCGCCCUUGGCUCACUCCGCCGCCCUCCCAACACCUGCGGCCAGAGGCGGCCAGAGGCUACUCCCCCCAAGGGCGAGGGUGAGAAGGGUUUCCGGGCAGGUCAAGUUCUCAGAAACCCCGGCGCCUGCGUGGGUCCAGGCAUGGGUGCAGUUGGUGUGCAAGAGGCCGGGCCUUGGCUCUCUGUGUGAAGUUGUGGGGGUGAGUACAGCGGCGCGAGGAGGGGUGGGCAGGAGCGCAGGACGGGCUGUCCGAGGGGCCACCCCGAGGAACCGCUAAGAACAUCGGGCCUCGUCUUUGCUCAGGUGGGCUGGGGGGAGCAGAUGUACUUGUCUGCAGCCAAUAAAGACGGUGGGGCCUGAGAGAAAGCC